AUGCCAGCAAAACCCUUCCUCCACCCCCUCAAAACACCCAAAACCGCCACCUUCCCCUCCGAACUCCACGACGACAUUAACACCGCCAAAACCCCCUCUACCAUCUCCGACACCAUCAAGUAUGAACCCGGCACCGCAACUCCCAUCACCCCUCCAACGGCAUACACCGAGUUUCUCAAGGCCUUGACGCCCGUGUUCACCAGCCCCGUCAGCGCAGGGACCAGUUUCCCCCGCUUCCAGUUCGACAAACCCGCAGGCCCCGCGGGACAGGGACCAGCUCAGGGUCCUACGUCUGCGCCGACGCCCACGUCCACGACCACUUCGCAGCCUGCGAGUGCGGUUAGCGGGACGUUUGGGUUCCAUGAGCGUGAACCGCCUGUUAAGUCAGCUACGCUGCCUCCACCACCUGCCACGGCCACGGGCACUGGUCCGUACUCAGGGCCAGGGGGAAUAAGAAAGCACCAGAGUCUUCGACGGCUGCGGAUUCCGCCGUCGAUGCAUCUUUCGCCGAUCACGACUGCGGCGAGUGAUGCCCCGCGGAGUGCGACGACGCUGCGGUCUCCGUUUUCGCCGGGGGAUUGGAAAUUGAGAUAUAUGGAGCCGCGGAGUGCGACGACAACUACGUCUACGGGUGGCGGGGGAAGAUCGGUUAGUGUGCGACAGGUUGUUACGCGGACGGUGACGUAUAAGAGGAUGCAGUUGGAGGCGCCGCCGAAGGGGAAGGGGAAGAGGAGGAGGUAUCAUGAGGGGAAGGAUGUUUAG